GCGCGGUACCUGCGUCUGAUCUCGGGACCUGGGCCGGGCGGUGCAGUGAGAGCGUGCGUGGGGCUGGGUCGGGGACGGGGUGACUGCUCUCCGGGGUACUGGGUGAGGGGUGUCCUAGGGGCAUGCCGGCAAGGAGGAGGCAGAAGAAAGGGUGCGACACACUCGUCUUCGCGGCCUAGAUGUUAACUGGGCAAGACCUGUACCUUUCCCGGAGCCUCUCCCCAAGCCGCCAUGAAUCAGGUGUCCAGGGCUGAAUCCCUGUGUGGAGGGCAGGGAAAACUGGAGUCUACUAACUCCUGGUCCCACAUCCUUGGACUAGAUGAGUUGAUAAAGACACCUGGCCUGGGUAGCGGCUAACUUUCUGGGGUACAGUAAUACCCUUGGGGCCUUUCAGUGCCUAACCCGCAAGCUGUAACUCAGUAACUUCCGGUCUUUGAGCCCCAUCCCACCAAUUCCCAUCUCUCAGUUUCAUGUCCCCUACCGCCCCCACCCCUUACUUGGCCACGGUCACCAUCUUUGUGUAGUAGCCCAGGGUGCUCCCCAUGCCCCCCCCCCACUUCCAGAUGCCGAAACACUACCUCCUGUCAGGUAGAAGGGGAGGGGACAUUUUCUUGUGCUGUUAAUGGUGAAGGGCCUGGAGAGUGGCUUCAGGUCAGAGGUCAGCAACAGAAGAUUCCUGCUGAGUCAUUGAUUUGGGUGGGAUAGGCUCUUAAGUAAGGCCCCACUUGGAUAGGCAAAUGUCUUCGAGCAGGCUGUUGGGGUUCAUUGCUGAUAGGAGUGGUCACUGCCAGUCCAUAGUCAAGGGGGGAAUGUGUGUCAGUGAGAGAACAUAAGGGCAUUUGAGGUCGUGGGUGGCCAGGUCCCACAGUGGCCACUCAGGACUAGGGUUCCUUCCCAACCAUUUGUGCCUUUGAUGAUUCCUCGCCAGAAGUCCACAGGCCGGACCGUUUCAGUUCUCAGUUUUCUUUAUAUCAGGAAGUACCCCAAGAGAGCACGCUCCAGGUAGUGUGAGCCUGCUGAAGUCUGGGUGCAGUAUGGGGGCUGCCCAAGCACAUACGCCAGCAUUCUUACCCCAGGUGGCCUGCCUUGAUCUCCCCAGAAGAGUGUGCCACACCUCACACUGCAGACAGGAAGGAAAACCAACGGCCUACAGUCAGGGCAGUGCCCCAAAGGGAAUUUAGAGCAUUCUUCUUAGGGCAAGUAGACAUAGGAGUGUCCCCGCCCCCAAGCUCGGUCAUAUUUGGACUUGUUAAUGUGUUGCCCCCAGGGAUGGCAGGCACUAUAGCUCCCUGGGUCACACACAGCAGAGUCCUGACCCCCAAUGUUAUCAAAAUAACAGCAGCUGGUUCCCCAUCCUGCCAGUAUCACUGGUCCACUCCUCUUCCUGGGCAGAAUUACUUUUCCUAGUCCAGACUAACAUCCAGGAACCUGUGUGCUAGGCAGGACAAGAGUCCCAAGCCUUUCCAAACCCGAGGAGCAAUGGGGAAUGGGGUGAGCCUGCCCUAAGGCAACUUCCAGGGCCAGAGGUGCAGGAUUCUGGGUGUUAGGUUGCUUUUUCUAAUGCCUUCCUCAAGCAUAAGCUUCUGUGUCCGUCCCCUCGCCCCCAGCCACCGAAGAACAAGAACAGUGUGGUACUGGAGCGCCCGUGGUAAUGGGGCCCUGACAACUUGGCAGGCCAUGUGGCCCCUGGCCCCAACAUGGCCCGUCGCUCCCAGAGCAGCUCACAGGGGGACAACCCAUUGGCACCUGGGUACCUGCCACCUCACUACAAAGAAUACUACCGACUGGCCGUGGAUGCACUGACUGAGGGUGGGAGAGAAGCCUACAACCGCUUCUUGGCAUCUGAGGGGGCACCUGACUUCCUGUGCCCUGAGGAAGUGGAAUAUGUGAGCCGCCACCUGCAGCCCCCACAAUAUGUGGCCCGGGAAGCCCCCGAAGGCAGCCCUCCUGAUGUGGAUAUGGAUGGUUCCUCAGGCACCUACUGGCCAGUGAACUCAGACCAGGCUGUGCCUGAGCUGGACCUGGGCUGGCCCCUGACCUUUGGCUUCCAAGGCACAGAGGUCACCACACUGGUUCAGCCACCGCCACCUGACAGCCCCAGCAUCAAAGAUGAAGCUCGGAGGAUGAUCCGCUCUGCCCAGCAGGUGGUUGCCGUGGUGAUGGACAUGUUCACUGACGUGGAUCUGCUCAGUGAAGUCCUAGAGGCCGCUGCAAGGCGAGUCCCAGUCUACAUCCUGCUGGAUGAAAUGAACGCUCAGCACUUCCUAGACAUGGCCGACAAGUGUCGCGUCAACCUGCACCACGUGGAUUUCCUGCGUGUGCGCACAGUGGCAGGGCCUACCUAUUACUGCCGCACUGGGAAGUCAUUCAAGGGCCAUCUGAAGGAGAAGUUCUUGCUGGUGGACUGUGCUGUAGUGAUGAGCGGCAGUUAUAGCUUCAUGUGGUCCUUCGAGAAAAUCCACCGCAGCCUGGCUCAUGUGUUCCAGGGAGAGCUGGUCUCCAGCUUCGAUGAAGAGUUCCGCAUCCUCUUCGCGCAGUCAGAGCCACUGGUGCCCUCAGCUGGGAUGCUAGCCCGCAUGGAUGCCUAUGCACUUGCUCCAUACUCUGGGGCUGGGCCUCUGGUGGGCGUCCCCGGGGUUGGACAACCAACACCUUUUUCGUUCCCUAAACGGGCGCACCUCCUAUUCCCACCGCCCCGGGAAGAAGGCCUGGGCUUCCCCUCUUUCCUAGACCCUGACCGCCACUUCUUAUCGGCCUUCCGCCGUGAGGAGCUGCAGCGUAUGCCUGGGGGUGCAUUGGAGCCCCAUGCAGGGCACCGGUCACUGGCUCGUCCCACUGAGGCUGGACCUAUCGGAGAGCUAGCAGGACACCGGGGCUUCUUCCAGGCCCGGCACUUGGAGAUGGAUGCCUUCAAGCGGCACAGCUACACAGCAGCUGAUGGAGCUGGAGCCAUGGAGAACUUUGCAGCUGCACGGCAGGUGUCACGACAGACAUUCCUCAGCCAUGGUGAUGACUUCCGUUUCCAGACCAGCCACUUCCAACGUGACCAACUCUACCAGCAGCAUUACCAGUGGGAUCCACAGUUUGCACCCACGCGCCCGCAGGGCCUCUUCGAGAAGAUUCGUGCAGGCCGACCUGGCUUUGCGGACCCUGAUGACUUUGCACUAGGUGCUGGGCCCCGCUUCCCAGAACUCGGUGCUGAUGUGCACCAACGGCUAGAAUAUGUUCCAUCCAGCGCUUCUCGAGAGGUACGCCACGGUUCGGAUCCUGCCUUUGGAACCGGCCCUCGUGGUAUGGAACCUAAUGGGGCCCCACGUCCCAACCUGGGUCAGCGCUUUCCAUGCCAAGUAUCCACGAGGCAAGGUCUGGACACAACUCCGGAGGUGGAGCCUGAGCGCAGGGGUGGACCCGAGGGACGGGCUGGGCUACGUCAAUGGCGCGUUGCUUCCUACCUGAGCGGCUGCCAUGGUGAUGGUGGGGAGGAGGGUCUGCCUAUGGAGGCUGAGGCCUAUGAAGAUGAAGUGCUGGUUCCUGGAGGCCGAGACCUGCUCCCCUCCGCCUUCCGCACUCCUGCACCGUUCCCAGCCAAGGGACCAAAGCCAGGCUCAGGAAGCGGUGGUGGCGAUAGCUCCGAGAGAGAGGGCCCAGAGGAAACAAGUCUGGUUAAGCAGGACUCCUUCCGCUCACGCUUGAAUCCGCUCAUCCAGCGCAGCUCCAGGUUGCGCUCAUCCCUCAUCUUUGCCUCACAGGCCGAGGGUACUGGUGGGACCACAGCAACCACCACAGAAAAGGUACAGCUGCUGCACAAAGAGCAGACAGUCAGUGAAACUGUGGGUCCCAGUGGAGAGGCUGUUCGUUCCAGCGCCUCGGCGAAAGUGGCGGAGCUACUGGAGAAAUACAAGGGUCCUGCCCGGGACCCUGGUGGUGUAGGAGGUCCCAUCACUGCCUCCAGCCACAGCAAGGCUGUAGUGGCCCAGUCCUGGCGGGAGGAGGUGGUAGCACCAGGAGGAGCGGGAACUGAGCGCCGCAGCCUUGAGAGUUGCUUGCUUGAUUUGCGGGACUCCUUCGCACAGCAAUUACAUCAGGAGGCAGAGCGACACCCAGGAGCAGCUUCACUGACCGCUGCGCAGCUGCUCGACACGCUGGGCAGCACAGAACGCCUGCCUUCACGCUUGCUCUCCGCCCAGGGUCGCUCCUUGUCUCCACAAGGGCGAGAUAGCCCUCCACUUGAAGGGCCCGGAACGCACCAGCUGCCUUAUUCUGAGCCAAAAGGGAGCCCCACUCCUGCUCACCCCGAGCGGAAGGGGAGCCCUACACCUGGAUUCCCCACUCGGAGGGGCAGCCCGACCACAGGAUUGAUUGAGCAGAAGGGGAGUCCCACUUCGCCCUACCCAGACCGGAGGGGCAGCCCGGUGCCCCUACCUGAGCGCAGGACCAGUCCAGUGCCCCCAGUGCCUGAACGCAGGGGCAGUCCGGUGCCUCCUGUCCCUGAGCGUAGAGGCAGUCUCACCUUCGCUGGGGAGACUUCGAAGACAGGACCCACGGAAGAGGUGGCUGGUGGUCCCAUGGAAGUCCUGCGAAAGGGCUCCCUCCGCCUUAGGCAGUUUCUAAGCCCCAAAGGCGAACGGCGAGGGGAGGAUGAGGGCAGCUUCCCAGUUCCACAGGAAAAUGGGCAGCCUGAGAGUCCCCGGCGGCCCUCGCUGGGUCGGGGUGACAGCACAGAGGCUGCCGCAGAAGAGAGAAGCUCAAAGGUACGCUUAGCUUCAGCUACUGCCAAUGCCUUAUACAGCAGCAACUUGCGAGAUGACACGAAGGCCAUUCUGGAGCAAAUCAGUGCCCAUGGCCAGAAGCACCGCGGAGUCCCUGCUCCAGGCCCAGCUCACAGCAGUCCUGAGCUAGGUCGCCCAACAACUGCAGGAGACUUGACUCCAGACAUGUCCGACAAGGACAAGUGUUCAGCCAUCUUCCGCUCAGACAGCAUAGGGACACAAGGCCGGCAGAGCCGCACCCUGCCGGCCAGCGCAGAGGAGCGUGACAAGCUCUUGCGCCGCAUGGAGAGCAUGCGCAAAGAAAAACGUGUCUACAGUCGCUUCGAGGUCUUCUGCAAAAAGGAGGAAGCUGGCAAUACUGGGGCAGGAGACAACCUGGCAGAUGAGGACACCAGAGACAGUAAAAUGGGCAAGUUUGUUCCCAAGAUUCUGGGUACAUUCAAAAGCAAAAAAUGAGUCUUCUGGUCUCGGAGGCCAGGACUCUGCAUCACUGCCAUACAGCGCUCGUAGCACCCGUCUGGUCCCAAUGGACUGGUGGCUGCCAGACUGGUGUCAAAACCGUCUGGGACCUGGCUGACAACCACCUGAACUGAGCUGCACUUGAAUUCACCUGAUAGCCACACUGCCUCUCACUCUUGGCUUCUCCACCCUAGGAGCUCAGCCCCUCUGCUCAGUGCUUCUUCCUCGUCACCUCCCUCACCUCAGGCCUCCACCAUCUCCUGGACUCAGGUCCACUUUGGGGCUUAAUUCACCUCAGGGAUCCUUAUCUCUGCCUUAUUCGCCAGCUUGUCAUGGACUCCUCACUUUAUGCCUCUGUUGCCUCUUAGGGCCUUUUAUCUCAGGGCUUUUUCUCAGGGUGUCCAUCUCACAGCCUCCCUCUGGAGACAGCCUCCUCCCGUCCCUCCUCACCUCCAUCUUUCUCUCUCUGGAACUCCCUGCUUCCACUCUGUCUCCUCACUGCCUCCUAGCACUUUCUUGGCUCUGUCCUCCUGCUGUGGAGAAGGCAUGGAUCUGGACAGGGCAGGCCACUGGGAAGUAGCUGCCAAGUAUCUACUGGGGCCGCCUUAAGUCACAUUUGCCUUCUCCAGCCAGUCUCUGGGUAGCACUUGAAGAGAAGCCAGAAGUGGGGAGCACUGGACUUUGCAGUACAAUAAAGCAGUCUGGACAGAC